AUGUCCUUCUCUGUCUUUAGGUUCAGAAAGAGAACGACAGCUGUCCCAGACACACCAGUUCACCAGGCAGACAGGGGGAGCCCUGCUUGUCCAUUCGCAGAGGGAAAGGAAGAGAGACUGGAGGAAGAGGAGCAGGAAGAAGAGGUGAAAGAAGAUACCCCUCUGGAGUUGGACAGUACUGAUCAACCCUCGUAUCAGAACCUCUUCACCAGAACAGAGGAUGAGGAAGAGGAUGAUGAGAUUAAUUUCAGAAGAGAGGUGUACUCACUGGACAUACCAGACUACUUAGUUCCUGAUGCACCUGAACACAGUAACACAGGUGAGUUUGCGUCAACAGCCGGUUUAAACCUUUUUCUAACCCAGGGUUUCUAUAUAAAGAAUCAAUGUCAGAUUUACAUUAGUGUAUUGCAUGUUUGAUUGUUGAAGUCUUGUAUAACUUUUUCACUGCCUAUUUCCAGAGGCUACUGAAGAACAAGAACACAAAGAAAAGAGGGAAAUGUGGAGUAAUGCCAGCUGAGAUUGCAGCGGAGCCCGAGCUGGCUAAGUACUGGGCCCAGCGCUACCGCCUCUUCUCCAGGUUCAAUGAGGGCAUCAAACUGGACCACGGUGAGUCACAGAGCAAACAGAACACACACUUCAGGAAACACAACCAAUUUCUUCAUACAGGCUCAAGCAGAAAGGGUUAGUCAUAUGGAGGAACGGAUUUACCUUAUUAUUGUUGUUAAUAUUCCUCUAGUUUGAGAACAACUAUUCUCCUAUUGUAGUCUCCCAACCACUUCUAAUCAUGCAGCCCAAACGGAGUGUUGUCAAAUGUGAUUCAGGAAUACACUUUAUUCUAAAAAGAAAAGGAUUUGCCUGAAGGUGACUGAACAUUAAGUCUUUCUCUCCAGUUGAGAAACGGAUGGCUGUUAUGUCCAAGGUAAAAGCUACAGUUUUGCUGCUCUUGAAGUCUAACAUCAUGUUGUUUUCAGAGAAGCAGAGGGAAAGAGAGGCAGUGAUGUUGAGAUGGUGGUGUAGCGGGUGCAUGGAUUUGCUGGCUGGCAGGCAGGGCUCUCCUCUUCCUGUCUGUGAGAGAAGUGCUGACGCCAGUGAAGCACACCUCACACUUCUCCCUGUGUCACAUGACAUGACAGCAUCAGGCUCUCUCCCUGUCUCCCAGCAGAGCAACUCUUUCAUGACUCUCAAGUCUCUCCUGUCCUGUCCUGUCCUGUCCUGUCCUGUCCUGUCCUCUCCUCUCCUCUCCUCUCCUCUCCUCUCCUCUCCUCUCCUCUCCUCUCCUCUCCUCUCCUCUCCUCUCCUCUCCUCUCCUCUCCUCUCCUCUCCUCUCCUCUCCUCUCCUCUCCUCUCCUCUCCUCUCCUGUCCUUUACACUCUCUCUCUCUCUCUCUCUCUCUCUCUCUCUCUCUCUCUCUCUCUCUCUCUCCCUCUCUCUCUCCCAACAAAAAGAGCAGAUACUGUAGCAGAAGUAGAAGCAACCUUAGUUAGGGUUGGGUGGAAUCCAGAUGUGUUAUACCAUUUCUGUACCAUACCAGGGAAUACGGCAUUACCGGAAGUGCACACAAGGGGCACUAUUAAAAAAACAACAACAAAAAAACAUUGUCUACUGUAACCAAGAAGCUUGAUCUUGACAUCUAGCUACUUAGCUAGAAAGUUAGCAAACCAAAUGCAUAGCUGGAGCCCUGAGCUGGAUAUAAUUUAUUUGACACAUCUUAGAUUUCUUAUAGUUAUACUUAACUUAUAUUUAUAAGCAGAGGCGUAGCACGCACCCCCAAACAUUUUAAUAUUGGGAAUCAUACCAUCGGUAUUGUAUAAACGGUAUAUCGCCCAAGCCUACUGUUGGUGUUCAGUUAUAAAAGCUCAGCUUGUACCUCACUGACGUCCUUCUCCAACCUAUUUCUGGGAAAGAGCUUAUCUGUUAUCAGAGGGCCAAUCUCAUCCUUCCGAAUCUCUCCCUAUUCUCCAAAGUAUUAUGACUAAUAUGCUCGCUCAAAUCAGAAGUCUUCCACAGAGCAUUCUGAAUUCUAUUUGAAAACUAGAUCAGAGCCUUCAUAACUACUCACUUAUUCAUGUCAACAGAGAAGAGCCUGGAUACAUACCGUAGCAUGGCUGAAACCCACUGCAGAUUACACCUACUCCUAUCAGAUUCCUAUGUUGUCUAUCACUCAAUUAGACAUAGGAGUAAAGUCUGAGAAAGUGCCUGUACAGAUUCAUCAUGUGUAGCAGUGCCUGGCUAAUGAUAGAUAGCAGAUUGUGAAGAGGGGUAGUCUAGUCUUCUGGGACUGAAGUGAUGUAGCUCGGUUUUAAAACUUCAGACAUGAUGUUGGCUUCCCUUCAAGAUCUGUUUGAGAAUACAACGCUAACUAGUCGCCCAUAAACAUAGUUGCCAAUAGACAUUUGGGGAAUGCAUAAGCUCAAUAUUUUGUUUUGACUCUCCCUUGAGCCCCAGUAAAGUUAGUACUGGAAAGUCUGUCUUCUCCUCAGCUACUUUUCUCAGAAGGGAGGCAUAAUGAAAGAGCGUGAGAGAUGUGAAGCGCUAAAAGAGAAGAGGCCACUCCCAUCAGUGUUUGCCUUAGCAGGUGUUUAUUCUCUGAGGAGGCUGUGAAAACAAGCAGCGGAACAGAAAACAGAGAUUGCUGCUAGACUCAGUUAGAGAAUGAUGGCAGAUGGUCUAGGUCUCCGAGGGGAGACAGGAGGACGUGGUCUAUGAAGAAUCCCAGUCUCUCCACAUAGUCUAAUACAGCAUUUCCCAAACUCGGUCCUGGGGACCCCAAGAGGUGCACGUUUUGGUUUUUGCCCUAGCACUACACAGCUGAUUCAAAUAAUCAACUCAUCAUCAAGCUUUGAUUAUUUUAAUCAGCUGUGUAGUGCUAGGGCAAAAAACAAAAUGUGCCCCCCUUGGGGUCCCCAGGACUGAGUUUGGGAAACCCUGGUCUAAUAUAUCUCAAUAUCCAAUAUCUUCAAUACUUUUUGUGUUGUCUUGUAUAGUAUAAUCAUAACUAGGCUUUUCCCGGUGUGAUGGCAAACCCACAUCUACUUUAUAUUUCAGCAGGCCUAAUAUUUGUCUUUUGCCUGCAGGAAAAUGUUGUGAGUGACGGCUGUUUUGAAAUGUAACUGUCACUGAUAGUGUUUUGGUUCUUUUGGUGAAGGUGCGCAUGGCACUAGGAUGACUUCAUGAGCCCAAAAAAUGAAUCAAUUACAUGAUAUAUGAUAUUUCUGGACUUUUGUCAAAAUUGAUAAAUUCAUAAUGACACAAAAGAUUUGGCUUGAAUAUCAGAAUGGCAUUGUUUGAACAAAACCAUGUGACACUUGUUUGACCCCUGGUGGCUAUGCUUUGCAUUGGGGACACCUACAGUACUUCUCUUUGCAAAAACCCCAAAUCAGAUAAAUUAUGAUGUAUACAUUUUACAUUUACGUUUUAGUCAUUUUGCAGACACUCUUAUCCAGAGCGACUUACAGGAGCAAUUAGGUUUAAGUGCCUUGCUCAAGGGCACAUCGACAGAUUUUUCACCUAGUCGGCUCGGGGAUUAGAACCAGCGACCUUUCGGUUACUGGCACAACGCUCUUAACCACUAAGCUACUUAUAGAAAUAUGAAUUAUGAAAUGUUUUUCCACAAUGCAUCUUGUCUUUUAAUAUAGUAAAAUUAGAGAAAUUAGACUAUGUAUUAAUUGCAUCUUUGUAUUCAGUUUGUUAAAGCCUCUUACUCCUGUCUGUCUGUCUGUACAGAGGGCUGGUUCUUCGUCACCCCAGAGAAGAUAGCCGAGCACAUUGCCCUGAGGGUCCACGACAGUUUCCACUCUGAACUCAUCAUAGACACCUUCUGUGGAGUGGGAGGCAAUGCCAUCCAGUUUGCCCUCACUGGGAAGAGAGGUACAGUACAGUAGCAUCAUGUUUUAUCCAAUCUUUUAUAAACUUUUUAGAUAUUUUUGGUUAUACUGUAUCUGCAUUUGCCUUUAUAAAUAGGGCGAGAGUUUUUCCUGACCCUGUGACUUGACCAGAAAAACCUCUGGGCCCUUGUUAUAUCCUAUAGGUUAACAGUUAUUGUCCUGAGUGGUACUCCCUGUGUGUCUGACUCUCUGUCCUCCCUGUCCCUUCCCCCAUGCAGUGCUAGCCAUUGACAUCGACCCGGUGCGUCUGGCCCUGGCCCAGCACAACGCCCAGGUCUACGAGGUGGCCGAGCGCAUCGACUUUGUGCAGCGAGACUUCCUACAGCUGGCACCCUGUCUGCGGGGGGAUGUGGUGUUCCUCAGCCCCCCCUCGGGCGGCCCAGACUACCUCAGCGCAGAUGUCUUCGAUAUCAAGACCAUGAUGGCUCCAGAUGGAUAUCCGUUAUUCCUCUCAGUGAAGCUGCUCUCAGGCUUUUAUAGUCAGGCAACGGGCCAGACUCCAGCACUCAGGGCAAGGUAG